CCUGGCCAGCUACUAGGGCGUUGGAUGGGAUUGUCGGGAAGCAAGGGCCGAUGGUUAAAACAUUCUUACUGCGCCAUGUAUUCGUUAUAGUAUUUUCUACUUCCUUUUUUGACAGAAUCUGUAUACAGGAACCUGCUCAAUAAGACCCUCCAUCUGAACGAUGACGGAGCCUAUUUGUGUAUGGCUAACGCCGACAAUUCCUAAUCCAUGGAAGGUAGUUCUUAUUCUCAAUGAACUGAAAGUGCCUUAUGAGAUUAGGUCAUUCCGUUUUGACGACAUCAAGAGGAAGCCGUUCAUUGACCUCAACCCUAAUGCUUCUGUCCCUGCUAUCGAGGAUCCAAACACCGGGGUUGCACUAUGGGAGUCAGGCGCUAUCAUCACAUAUAUCAUCGAUCAGUACGAUAAGGAUUUGACCCUGACUUAUUCAAAUGACCGGCUCCAAGAUAAGCACGCUUUAAACCAGUGGCUUCAUUUUCAGAUGAGUCUACAGGGCCCUUUUUUCCACCAGGCCGGAUGGUUCAACUACCUACACCCAGAGAAAAUCCCCUCAGUUCAAGACCGCUUCAACAGCGAAUGCAAGCGGCAACUCAGCGUCCUCGACGGUGUUCUCGAGGGAAGAGACUGGCUCGUAGGCGAGAAAAUGACAUACGCGGACCUAUCUUUCGUGCCUUGGAAUGAUAUCCUGCACCAGUGCACCCCCAUGGCGCUAGAGGAUCGGUUCAAGGAGUUUCCGAAUGUUAAGGCUUGGCAUGAGAGGAUGACGGCAAGAGAAUCUUGGAAGGCAAUUGCGGAGGCGAGGAAAAGGGCUAUGGAGGAGCAAGAUUUGGCUUGGACGGGUAUGCCGCGCGGUAUGCCGACGUACAAGGAGUAUUUGGAUAAGAUUGGGAAGGGGGAGGAUACUAGGGCUAAAGAUUAGGGGCGUCAAUGUUGAUACUCAUCAAAAGGUAGUUAGCUUCAUAUUAGACAUCACGGUUUUAAUGUGAAAA